AUGCCUUGGCGCAUCGCCAACAAUGUCAUUACCGACAUUAAGUGGGGUGCCAUCACGGACGACCUCACUUUGGGGAUGCUUACGGGCCACUCCACGCGCAUCCCAGGGAUCACACCUAGGAUGACUCAGCUUCAAGCCAUCAAAGUUUCCAGCAUUCAGUGA